AUGUUCUCAAACCGAACUUUCUCGGAGAGCGAAGUAAUGACAAAGCUAGUUGAAGCGAGAAGCUGGCAGACGGCUCAAGUUCUGAAACCACAACAUCGAAUUUUCCCUCCGACGCAACCUCUAGAUACUGAAUUUACUUUGGGAACACUUUGUUUUGUCGAUACAACAUGGAACUCAACUACUUUAAACUGUGGUGUUGGGUGGGCUUUGAAAGCUGUCUCAGAGAAACAGUUUGGUGAAGACACGGCCAGCUUUGGUAAUGUUCCUUCGGCCCUCUCGGCGGAAGCAGAAGCCAUAAAGGCAGCUCUAACUCAGACUAAAGAUCAGAAGUUUGAGGAACUACAUGUGCUAUUGGAUUCACUGACAUUGGUGAAUAUCUUGAAGACAAGAGAAGCCUAUAAUGAACUAUAUGGAGUUCUAUUUGAUAUUCGAGAUUUGGCUUUUGAUUUUCGUUUGAUCUCUUUUAAAUUUACCCUUUGUACAACCAAUUGUGAGGCUGAUUGCUUGGCCAAAAAUGCUUUGAGAUCCCUUGAAUACUUUGUAUCUUGA